CUCUAUCCGAAGCGCCGCUCUCGAUGAGCCGCGCCCUGCGUCCCCACGCCGAGGCGGCGGGGCGAUGCGCUUGCGUACUGAGGGCUCCCACCAUAUGUGCCCUGUCCCAGUGCGCGGGUCUGUGGCGAGCCGGGUGCGAGCGGCGGCGGCGGCGGCGCGGGGCGGACAGAGUCGAGCGGGCAUUGGCGUCAGCCGGGAGGCAGUGGGUGUUUGAGACACCGAACCGAGAGGCCGGGUCCACGAACGCCGCUGACAAGCGAUGGGGAAGAAACAGAAAAACAAGAGCGAAGACAGUACCAAGGAUGAUAUUGAUUUUGGCGCCUUGGCUGCAGAAAUAGAAGGAGCUGGUGCUGCCAAGGAACAGGAGCCUCAGAAAUCAAAGGGGAAGAAGAAAAAGGAGAAAAAGAAGCAAGACUUUGAUGAGAAUGAUAUUCUGAGAGAACUGGAAGAAUUGUCUCUGGAAGCCCAAGGCAUCAGAGCUGACAGAGAAGCUGCUCCAGUCAAGCCUACAGAAAACAAUGAAGAAGAAUCUGCCUCAAAACAAGAUAAAAAGAAGAAAGGACAGAAGGGCAAAAAAACAAGUUUUGAUGAUAAUGAUAGUGAAGAAUUGGAAGAUAAAGACUCAAAAUCAAAAAAGACUGCAAAAUCUAAAGUGGAAAUAUUCUCCGGGAGUGAUGAUGAUGAUGAUUCUAAUAAACUUUCUAAGAAAGCUAAAAAAGCUCAGAAAUCAAAUAAAAAAUGGGAUGAAUCAGAAGAGGAUGAAGAUAAUAGUAAAAGAAGUAAAGAGCGUUCUAGAGUAAACUCUUCGGGUGAAAGUGGUGGUGAAUCAGAUGAAUUUUUGCAUUCCAGAAAAGGACAGAAAAAAAAUCAGAAAAACAAGCCACUUCCUAAUGUUGAGAGUGGGAAUGAAGAUGAUGACUCCUUCAAAAUUAAGACAGUGGCCCAAAAGAAGGCAGAAAAGAAAGAGCGUGAGAAAAAAAAGAGAGAUGAAGAAAAAAUGAAAUUGCGGAAGUUGAAAGAAAAAGAAGAGCUAGAAAAAGGAAAAAAGGACCAGAGUAAACAGAAAGAACCUCAGAAGAAAUCUGAAGAGGAAGGUUUGAAACUCAAAGAGACUCCUGAUACAGGAGCUGCCUCUGAGGAGAAAGGAGACACUACCACUGUAGAAGAUGACAAUGAAGGAGACAAAAAGAAAAAAGAUAAGAAGAAAAAGAAAACAGAGAAAGAUACAAAAGAGAAAGAGAAAGAAAAGAAGAAAGGCCCUAGCAAGUCCACUGUGAAAGCUAUCCAAGAAGCUCUGUCUAGGCUUAAAGAGGAGGAGGAGAGACAGAAGAGAGAAGAGGAAGAGCGGAUUAAGCGGCUUGAAGAGCUAGAAGCCAAACGAAAAGAAGAGGAACGAUUAGAACAAGAAAAAAGAGAAAGGAAAAAGCAAAAGGAAAAAGAAAGAAAAGAACGCUUAAAAAAAGAAGGGAAACUGUUAACUAAGUCGCAGAGAGAAGCCAGAGCCAGAGCUGAAGUGACCCUUAAACACCUCCAGGCUCAGGGUGUUGAAGUGCCAUCGAAAGACUCGUUGCCAAAGAAAAGGCCCAUUUACGAAGAUAAAAAGAAGAAGAAAAUACCACAACAGCCAGAAAAUAAAGAAGUAUCUGAAACCUUGGAAGUAAGUGCUGCUGUGGAAGUUGUGGAGCAAGGAAUACCAGAAAAAGAAGAGACACCCCCUUCUGUUGAACCAGAGGAAGAAGAAGAAACUGAGGAUGCUGGGUUAGAUGACUGGGAAGCUAUGGCCAGUGAUGAAGAGAGAGAGCAAGAAGGAAAUACGAUUCACAUAGAAGUACAAGAAAAACCUGAAGAGGAGGAGGAGGAAGACGAAGAGGAAGAGGAAGAGGAAGAAGAGAGUGAAGAUGAGGAAGAGGAAGGAGAAAGUGAAGGCAGUGAAGGUGAUGAGGAAGAUGAGAAGAUGUCAGAUGAGAAAGACUCAGGGAAGACAUUAGAUAAAAAGCCAAGCAAAGACGUUAGCUCAGAUUCUGAGUAUGACUCUGACGAUGACGACCGAACUAAAGAAGAGCGGGCUUAUGACAAAGCAAAGCGGAGAAUUGAGAAACGACGACUUGAACAUAGUAAAAAUGUAAAUACAGAAAAGUUAAGAGCCCCUAUCAUCUGUGUGCUUGGACAUGUAGACACAGGGAAAACAAAAAUUCUAGACAAGCUCCGUCACACGCAUGUCCAAGAUGGUGAAGCAGGUGGUAUUACACAGCAGAUUGGUGCCACAAAUGUUCCUCUUGAAGCUAUUAAUGAACAAACUAAGAUGAUUAAAAAUUUUGACAGAGAGAGUGUCCGCAUCCCAGGAAUGCUGAUUAUUGAUACUCCUGGACAUGAGUCCUUCAGUAACCUGAGAAACAGAGGAAGCUCUCUUUGUGACAUUGCCGUUUUAGUUGUUGACAUUAUGCAUGGUUUAGAGCCGCAGACAAUUGAAUCUAUCAACCUUCUCAAAUCUAAAAAAUGUCCCUUCAUUGUUGCACUUAAUAAGGUAAGUCCUCAUUUGAAAAUAAUGUUUUCUAAGACUGAUGUGGCUGUUACUUUAAAAAAGCAGAAGAAGAAUACGAAGGAUGAAUUUGAGGAGCGUGCAAAGGCCAUUAUUGUAGAGUUUGCACAGCAGGGUUUGAAUGCUGCUUUGUUUUAUGAGAAUAAAGAUCCCCGUACUUUUGUGUCCUUGGUACCUACCUCUGCACAUACUGGUGAUGGCAUGGGAACAAUCAUUGUCCCUGGAGUAGAAGGGCCCAUUGUCACUCAGAUUCGAGGCCUCCUUUUACCUCCUCCUAUGAAGGAAUUACGUGUGAAGAACCAGUAUGAAAAGCAUAAAGAAGUGGAAGCAGCUCAAGGAGUGAAGAUUCUUGGGAAAGACCUUGAGAAAACACUUGCUGGUCUACCUCUCCUAGUGGCUUACAAGGAUGAUGAAGUCCCAGUUCUCAAAGAUGAAUUGAUCCAUGAGUUAAAGCAGACACUAAAUGCUAUCAAAUUAGAAGAAAAAGGAGUUUAUGUCCAGGCGUCUACACUAGGCUCUUUAGAAGCUCUUCUUGAAUUUCUGAAAACAUCAGAGGUGCCAUAUGCGGGAAUUAACAUUGGCCCAGUCCAUAAGAAAGACGUUAUGAAGGCUUCAGUGAUGUUGGAACAUGAUCCGCAGUAUGCAGUGAUUCUGGCCUUUGAUGUAAGAAUCGAACGGGAUGCGCAAGAGAUGGCUGAUAGUUUGGGAGUUAGAAUCUUUAGUGCAGAAAUUAUUUAUCAUUUAUUUGAUGCCUUUACAAAAUACAGACAAGACUACAAGAAACAGAAACAGGAAGAAUUUAAGCACAUAGCAGUAUUUCCCUGCAAGAUGAAAAUCCUCCCUCAGUACAUUUUCAAUUCUCGAGAUCCAAUAGUAAUAGGGGUCACUGUGGAGGCUGGUCAAGUCAAACAAGGAACACCUAUGUGCGUUCCAAGCAAAAAUUUUGUUGACAUUGGGAUAGUAACAAGUAUUGAAAUAAACCACAGGCAGGUGGAUGUUGCAAAAAAAGGACAAGAAGUCUGUGUCAAAAUAGAACUCAAAGACUGGUUCAGAGACGAAAUGCAGAAGAGUGAUUGGCAGCUUAUUGUGGAGCUGAAGAAAGUAUUUGAAAUCAUCUAAUUUUCCCACAUGGGACAGAAUUUGGAGUAAAGUAAUAUUAUGCUGUGAUGUUACCAAUGGAACAGACGUACUUGGAUGCUGAUGGACUUAGGUGUAUAAAAUGUUUUCCAUGAGAAACCAAGCAACUUACACUGGUUUGACAGUGGUCAGUUCCCCGCCUCACAGUCCAGUGUGCCUGCACUCACCCCCCUCAAGACUUGGCUGCUGUUUUAAAGUUUGCCCUUCCUCAAAUUUGGAUUUUUAUUACAAAUCUAAAUCUCUUUCAAUUUUAUACUGAUUAAAUCAGUCCUGCAGUAUUUGAUUAACCAA